AUGAAGGUUGAGUCAGCCGAUGCGACCCGCAGGCGGAGGAGUGAACAUGCGGCAGAUCCCGUGGAUGGUCUUUCCGAUGAUCAAUGUGAUUCCGUGCACGAUGGAGCGUGGAGAUGCGCUCGGAAAGUGCUUUCCCGGAUCAAGCUGUUGGCUGUCAGACGAAGAUUUUGUUUGCCCGUCCUCUUCUUGGCAGCUGUGCUCGUCAAUGUGCUGCUGAUGAUCUUCUGGCUCCCUCACAAGUUCGAGUUCUUGGUUCUGUCGGACAGGAGCGGCGAGGAUACAUCUUUCAGGAGGUACACUGGAUAUCGCAUGGCUGACAUGCUCACCAAGGGAUCGGUGCGAUGGGGCUUGGGCGGCGAGCAGUUCUACUUCCGUUGGUUUCCCCGAAGUAUCGUGGCUGAAUACAUGCGCCGCACCUGGCAGAUGGAGAACUGGCCCGUGCUGAGUGAGAUUGUCGAUGAACGCUGGAGAGGCGAUAUUGAACGGUCCAACGCUCUUCUGGUGCACCUGCGUCUUGGAGACGUCUUGGAGCGGCAGUAUAUGCUGUUCCGGCAUUAUGUUAUCAACGAAAGCUUCUACGAGGCCUACCAGGCUCCCGGUGAGGCCCAGGUGAUCCUUUUUGGCAACCCGUGGCACCAAGUGGCCACAGAUGUGGUUCCAGAGCAGAGCUUGAAGUAUGCGCAUCGAGUUGAAAGUAUCUUCCGGCGAAAAGGGCUGGCCACCGCACUGCACCUCUCGGACUUCAAUGCCAGCAAUCCUGAGGAGACGGCGGAGGAAGCUGACAAGCACCUGCAAUUGGCGCUGAGUGGGUCUCGACUGCUGAUAUCAGGCGGUGGCUUUGGGCGUCUGCUCAAGCGACUGGCGCAGUACCGGGGUCUCCCCGUCGAUGAUCCCGUGAACAACGCCGAGGGCUCUAUUGCAUCCAGCGAUGUGAAGGCGCAGGUGCGCAACUGGAUCCAGAAAUGGAUUUGGACACGGCAACGGUAG